AGUGCUGAGGUAAAAGGCUCCGCGGUCGCCAUGGCGAAUGGACAGAGUCACCCUGUAAAACUUUAUGUCCUGAAUGAGGACAAACAAUGGGCGAUUCGAGGCACGGGCUAUGUCACCUCAGUUGACGAGGCAUCCCAGGGCGUGUCUCUAUUAGUUACUUCGGAGUCCAGCGGCUCACUACUCCUGGAGUCUAAGAUAGAGCCAGACACGCCCUAUCAGAGACCAAAGGACACUGUAAUUGUUUGGUCUGAAGCUCAGAACCACGGAGUGACUCUGAGUUUCCAAGAUGCAGCUGGCUGUCACGAGAUCUGGGAAGUCAUUUGCCGCGUUCAAGGUAAAGACCCUUUAGUCAACAUUACACAAGACCUCUUGAAUGAUGUAGAAUUCUUUGACGAAACACUAGAAACUGAUAAUAAGGAUGCCCUGCCUAAAUGUGAACUUGGUGAACUUAAACAAAUUUCUAGCUUUGUUGUCUCGGCUUUCUCAUCGCCUGACAAUAAGAGAAAGGUCAUCUUGAAAUUGGAAAAUGAGAACUAUAUUAAAAAAAUACUGCGACUGUUAAACUCUUGUGAGAACCUAGGGUACACUGAAGGCUUAUACCACUUGCACACCAUUACUAAAGGAAUCUUAUUGCUCAACAAGAUGUCUCUGUUUGAGAUCAUGUUUUCUGAUGAGUGUAUCAUGAAUGUGGUGGGAUGCCUCGAAUACGACCCUGCUUUGCCUCAGCCAACAAGGCAUCGGGAAUUCUUGACCCAAAAUGCAAAAUUCAAGGACGUUGUACCUGUAACAGCCUGUAAACUUCGGGAAAAAAUACACCAAACAUACAGAGUACAGUAUAUUCUAGACAUUAUUUUGCCUGCACCACCUGUAAUGGAUGAGAAUUAUCUCUCUGCUCUUAAAACUUUUAUUUUCUUGAACAAGUUGGAGAUAGUCCACAUGCUGCAGAGAGAUGACAACAUUUUGCCUGCAGUUUUCGCACAGUUAAAGGCAAAGUCUACUGAUGAUGAUAAAAGAUAUGAAUUGUUACUGUUUUUCAAAGAAUUGUAUACAUUCACUCAGACGUUAAAGCCUGAAAACAAGGAUGCACUAUUCAAAACAUUGACACAAAUGGGAAUUCUUUCUGCUCUUAAAACUGUAAUGAGCUUGGAUAAUUUGCAAAUAAGGUCAGCUGCUACUGACAUAUUUUCUUACCUAGUGGAGCAUAGUCCAUCCGUGAUCCGCGAAUACAUAAUAGAAGAAGCCCAGCAGGAUAAAGACAGUAACCUUCUCAUUAAUUUAGUAAUUAAACAAAUGACCUGUGAUACUGAUCCAGAGCUAGCAGGUGCUUUUCUUAUAAUGGAACUUCUUCGUUCUCUACUUGAUCCAGACAAUAUGUUAAUAACACCUAGGUGUGAAAGAAGCAAAUUUUUAAAUUUCUUCUAUAAACGAUGUAUGCACAACUUCAUAGCACCACUUCUGGCUGCUUCUUCAGAAGCUACAUUUAAAGAGGAUCAUAUAUUUGGAGCUGAUACAAGUGACAAAAAUUGCUUCAAUAAUUACCAAACAGCACAUCUGCUUGGCUUAAUUGUGGAGAUGCUUACAUUUUGUGUGCAAAAUCACACAUACUACAUUAAAAACUAUAUUUUGCGCAAAGACUUACUAAGAAAUGUCUUGAUCUUGAUGAGAUCAAGGCACACUUUCCUGGUCUUGGGUGCUCUUCGUUUUAUGAGAAGGAUGAUUUGCCUUAAAGAUGAAAUGUAUAAUAGUUACAUCAUCAAGGGAGAUCUGUUUGAGCCGGUUGUUAAUGUUCUUCUGAAUAACGGAACUCGGUACAAUAUGUUGAAUUCAGCUGUCCUUGCACUGUUUGAAUACAUAAGAGUGGAAAAUAUAAAGUCUCUCAUUGCACAUAUAGUUGAAAAGUUUUAUGAAAAACUUGAAUGGAUUGACUAUGUUCAGACAUUCAAAGGUUUGAAACUUCAAUAUGACAAAGAGAAAAACCGACAAAGUCAAUUACGGGAGCGUUUGCAUUCUAUGGCAAGUAGUAAAAUACGUUUCAGAAGUGCCAGAGUCUUGGAGGAGAAAGAAGUCUGUCUUAAAGGAAAUACAGAUGAAGGAGAAGAAAGAAUGCCACCACUGGAAAAAGAUUAUGAUAAAUGUAUGGACAGUAAAAAACCAAAAGAAAAUGUAAAUCUUCGUAAAAAGACAUCUUCUGGUGACUACAAAUUUACUUUUUCCCAUUCUGCUGGUGCUGCUAAAGAAACAGGUAGCCCAACUGGUAGUACCGAUAUUUAG